AUGCCAUGCCCGACCCCACCCCAUUCCUGCCGGCCAGGGAGUCCGCCGAGGUCCACCUCAUCAAGGAGAGGCCUCUGGUCACCCCCCACCCCCGUCGCCUCCGACCGCGGCCCGAGCGAGCCGCAUAGCCCGGCCCGGGAGAAGCCGCACAAGGCUCACGUGGGGGUGGCCCACCGCAUCCACCCCGCCGCCCCGCCACAGGCCCAGCCCGAGGUGGAGACGCUGGCGGUCGACCAGCCGGAGCAAUACCUGCCGACCGACCUUGACCCUCUCGCUCCAGCUUCCAGGGCAGCCCGUCAGGAGCAGCCCCUUCUCCCUCCUGGAGACCCUGUAACCUCCCGACAAGCCUUUCCCAGGGCGGCACGGAUAGCCGAGCAGCUGUAUAAAUGCAGAGAAGAGGAACCAGCUGCUAAUGGUAUCCUUAAUGUCUCUGCUGUGGAUAAGAGCACAAGGAAAGAAAAGAUUACCAUCACUAACGACAAGGGCCGCUUGAGUAAGGAAGACAUUGAGCACAUGGUCCAGGAAGCUGAGAAGUACAAAGCUGAAGAUGAGAAACAGCGGGACAAGGUGUCUUCAAAGAAUUCACUUGAGUCCUAUGCAUUCAACAUGAAAGCAACUGUUGAAGAUGAAAAACUUCAGGGCAAGAUUAAUGAUGAGGACAAACAGAAGAUUCUUGAUAAGUGCAAUGAAAUCAUCAAUUGGCUUGAUAAGAACCAGACUGCAGAGAAGGAAGAGUUUGAACACCAGCAGAAAGAGCUGGAGAAAGUCUGCAACCCCAUCAUUACCAAGCUGUACCAGAGUGCAGGGGGCAUGCCAGGAGGAAUGCCUGGAGGCUUCCCUGGUGGUGGAGCUCCUCCCUCUGGUGGUGCCUCCUCUGGGCCCACCAUUGAAGAGGUUGAUUAAGACAAUUUAAUAGGUCUAGCAUUGUUCCACACAAAAUACUCGAAGGACCCAAAUUUGUAGCAAAU